AUGAGCGCAAAUAGCAAGAUGGCACAGAGUACAGCAGACUAGCAGCAGAGCGGGCGACCCUAUCCAGCUUAUCUAUGUCCACUCACUGCUAAAAUAGUUGCGGAAACCGGGCAAAUGAAGACCCUACAGGGCGUGCGCUCGCCAUUGGUCCAAGUCGCCAGUCCAAGUCUUGGGUGCGUCAGAGGAAAGCAAAGUCCGUAGCUUUCUUCACCGCUGUUCAGUCAAGCCCUUCCUUUUACGUCACUCGUCCCACUCCGCCACGAAGCUCUGCCAUGGAAGUCGGAGGACCGAGCUAUUCAGGUUUAAUCUCUCGGUCUUCACAUCCGACACCCCAAAAAUUUCAGAUUUUUGUGACAGCAUGCUGUUUUGGUUCGAAACGACGCGUGUUUGACAAGUGGAGUCUUAUUCACCUGUAUUCUCGGGGUGUUUCUUUAAUGAAGUGUUUGUUUUAAGGAGGGGGGUAUAAGCAUGGAGUGAAGGGGGAGAAAGGAGAGUUUGAGAGGGUGGAAAUGGAGACUAGGUAUGUUCUGGUCUCUUUCUUCUUCUUCUUCUUUGUUGUUAUCGUAUAUGGUGCUGAUGACCAGAAGAACACCAUGUUCGAGCUCGCCAAGGGAAUACCAUUCUCCAAGUGGAACACAAGCAACAGCGAUCCGUGCAAAUGGAAAGGAGUAACCUGUUCUUCUUCUUUUAACAGCACCCUCGUUGCCCAACUUCUUUUACCUCGUCUCCACCUUUCCACCUCCGCUUCUCCUCAGUUCUUCGAUCUCCUCUGCGAGCUUACCUCCUUGCAGUACCUCGACCUUUCCUCCAACUACAUCAGCUUCAUCCCGGUCUCCUUCUUUUCCUGCAAAGGGCUUUCCGGACUGAAAUAUCUCAACCUAAGCUCUAAUGGACUAGCCGGCCCGUUAAGUAAUUUUUCAGAGUUUUCAUCUUUGGAAACUCUAGAUUUGUCCUUCAAUUCCUUGGAGGGAGACGUCGGUUUCAAGUUGAACGGACUUCCGCAGCUGAAAAGCUUAAACCUGAGUUCCAAUCUCUUCAAUGGCACCGUUCCAGCUCUGAAAGGAAUGAACUUGGUGGAUUUGAGUCUGUCCAACAACCACUUUCAUGGCGGAAUCCCUUACGCUCUUUUCACCUUUGAGAACCUUACUUUCUUGGACCUCAGCCAAAAUGCCCUCACUGGAUCAGUUCCAGCUGAUAUUGGAAACCUCUUAAAGCUGGAAACGCUCCAGCUUUCUUCCAAUCAACUGGAGGGUUCAGUCCCAGUUAUUUUGUCCAAGAUGAAUAUGCUUUCUAAAUUUGCUGCUAAUCAGAACAGAUUCAAUGGC